ACCCCAGGGCACCGCCAUCUCCAGCCCCAGCCGCCUCGAGGCUCACUCCGCAUGCAGGUCUGCGAAGUCCCGCUCCGCGCUACAGCGCCGCGGGAGCUGCGCUCUCACCAAGCCCCAGACGGCUGCAGGAGCCCGGGCAGCCUCGGGUUUGGCGGCACCAUGAAUGGCUCGGGUGGCCCGGGGGCCGAGGACACGAGCGAGGCGGGCGGCGGGGGCAGCUGGCAGCCCGAGGCGGUCAUCGUGUCCAUGUUAUUUGCGCUCAUCUUCCUCUUGGGCACCGUGGGCAACGCACUGGUUCUGGCUGUGCUGCUGCGCGGCGGCCAGGCGGUCAGCACCACCAACCUGUUCAUCCUCAACCCGGGCGUGGCCGACCUGUGUUUCAUCGUGUGCUGCGUGCCCUUCCAGGCCACCAUCUACACCCUGGACGGUUGGGUGUUUGGCUCGCUGCUCUGCAAGGCCGUGCACUUCUUCAUCUUCCUCACCAUGCACGCCAGCAGCUUCACGCUGGCCGCCGUCUCCCUGGACAGGUAUCUGGCCAUCCGCUAUCCGCUGCUCCGCGAGCUGCGCACACCUCGCAACGCGCUGGCGGCCAUCGGGCUCAUCUGGGGGUUGUCGCUGCUCUUCUCCGGGCCCUACCUGAGUUACUACCGCCAGUCGCGGUUGGCCAACCUGACCGUGUGCCACCCGGCGUGGAGCGCGCCUCGCCGCCGCGCCAUGGACCUCUGCACCUUUGUCUUCAGCUACCUGCUGCCGGUGCUGGGGCUCGGGCUGACCUACGCGCGCACCCUGCACUACCUGUGGUGCGCCGUCGAUCCAGUGACCGCCGGCUCAGGCGCCCGGCGCGCCAAGCGCAAGGUGACGCGCAUGAUCAUCAUCUUGGCCGCGCUCUUCUGCCUCUGUUGGAGGCCUCACCACGCGCUUAUCCUCUGCGUGUGGUUCCGCCGGUUCCCACUUACGCGCGCCACGUACGCGCUGCGCAUCCUCCCGCACCUGGUCUCCUACGCCAACUGAUGCGUCAACCCCAUCGUCUACGCGCUGGUCUCCAAGCACUUCCGCAAGGGCUUCGGCAGGAUCUGCGCCGGCCUGCUGCGCCGCGCCCCGCGCAGAGCCUCGGGCCGGGUGAUUGUCGCGGUGCAGGGCAACCACAGCGGCAGCGUGCUGGAGCGCCAGUCCACCGACUUGACGCAAGUGAGCGAGGCGGCCGGGCCCUCCGCCUCUGCGCCGGUGCCUCUCAGCGGCCCAGCCUCGAGGCCGGUCCCUGGCCCGUCCUGGCGGGACCAGAAGGCCCCCAACGGCAUUCUGACAGUUAAUGUGACCUGAGAGCACUUGGGGGUACGCUUGAGUGUUAAAGGAUUGGAGUCAGAGGUUGGGGGAUCGUGGAGGGAGUUUCAUCUGUUAAUAAAACGUGCAAACCAUUUCACAUGCAGUAACGCGCUGUCUCCGCAUCUCGCAUCUCGUAGCCGUGAGGCUCUGUGUAAGAAGCCUCUGGGACUUCACAGGGGAGCGCUGGAUGAAAGGGUGCAGAGUGCUAUGCUGAGCUACAGGGAACGAGUGUAGAGCGCACCGAAGGCAGCGGAGGUAAAUUCCGCCUAGAAAUCUCUGAGACUGGGGAGCGCGGCACAACUGAAGGCUCUUUGCAGGUGGCCAUCCGGAGGCACCACGUGUAUACAGAUCAGCGAACCAGCAGCCACCAAUGCGUGCGACAAAGGCAGGCAGAGUGUUUAAGCGCGCUUGAUAAAUCCAGUCGAUGACAGAUGCAGACGCUACAUGUGUUCCUAGUAGUGUUCGUGGGCCGGAGUGUGGCUGGUCCUUGCCUGCUCCCAGCUCCCUGGGGCCCUUUCAAGUCUCAGCAGCCGGAUCAGUGCCUGGCCAUUUUCAGUC